AUGGAGUACCGGCAGCUGGUCGUUGGACAGAAGCCAGGAGCAACUCUUCCUUCCCCACCCCCGCUCGUUCCCCAAGACGCGGACCUAUACAUCCACCCGCAUCUGACCCAGGACUAUGACCAAGGGAAAGGCCGGUCAUUGCGUGUUUUGGAACCCAUGUCGGCUGGUACAGUUCUCGUGGCAGAUCCUCCGUACGCCGUGGUUCCCGCGGAAAAUUCCUCGACAUACCACAGAACUCACGACUUUGAAUAUGCCUGGAUCAAGCAACACGGAAAAACGAUCCGCAAAAAAGAGGGCGAAUAUGCUCUUUCCAUGCUCUGGAUUAUUGUUCGAAUGCAUGCGGGACGCCAUCUGGAGAUACAGGGCGAGUCCGGACAAAUACCCGUCGGAUGGAAGGCAAUGGAAGACCUCCGCGACAACAGAGAUCUCUGGCCUCAGGAGCAACUUGAUACCUGGCGAAGACAGAUCGAAACUUAUUUCAUCGACCAUUGGGGACUACCUGACACGGAAGAGGUCUUGAUGCUGAUCUGCAAGGAGGAGGCAAAUACAUUUGGACUCUACCCAGGUGCUACAGGGAUAAUCCAAUCCACGGACAAGCCGCAUAAACGCGGUCCCCAGUAUGCACUGGGCUGUUACCCUCGAGCGUCCAUGGUCAAUCAUUCCUGUUUUCCGAAUAUCACUUGGGCAGCGGAUGAGCGUGGGCGGUUAGUCUUUACCACAUCGCGAGAUAUUGCUGCCGGAGAAGAAUGCUGCAUUGCGUAUUUUGACCUACAGAGGCAGACAAAGGACCUAUUUACUUUUGCCUGUACGUGCGAACGGUGUCUGAGGGAGGGCUGGAAUGCAUAA